GGGUGGUUCCCCUAUGAAAAGUAAACAGAUGUUAAAAGUAAACGUCGGCUGUAGUGUAGUUGAAUUUGUGUUUUAUACUUAUUUGUAUGUAUUGUGUCAAAUAUUAUACAAUCAAAGUAUUUCAUUCUGUUAUUAUUAAUAAUUGUUCUUCAUAAUUUGUUCAAUGUGAUACAUAUAUAAUUUGAUUCGGAUUUUCUGAAUCAAGAUAAAGUAAUCACACAACUCAUAAAAAUGGGUACCAAUGGCCAUGUGAUGACUCUGGCAAACAGUAUAAUCGGCGUUAGCGUCUUAGCCAUGCCAUUCUGCUUCAAGCAGUGUGGAAUAAUGCUUUCAAUAUUAGUUUUAUUGAUGAGUGGUGUAAUGACACGGUUAGCAUGUCACUAUCUACUGAAAUCUGCAAUCAAUGCUAGAAGAAGGAAUUUCGAAAUACUCGCAUUCCAUACGUUUGGUCCAACUGGCAAAUUGAUUGUGGAGUUGAGCAUCAUAGGUUUCAUGCUGGGAACCUGUAUUGCUUAUUUUGUAGUGAUGGGUGACUUGGGUCCUGCCAUUAUUGGACCUGUAUUCAAUAUAGAUUCCACUCCUUCAUUGAGACCAAGCGUUCUAAUGGGUCUUGGCUUAUUAGUAGUACUUCCAUUGGGACUAUUGAAGAAUGUUGAUAGUUUGAGUACAAUUUGCACUGCUACAAUAGCGUUCUAUCUAUGCCUUGUUCUAAAGGUUAUGGCUGAAGCGACCACCCAUCUUUUAUCUUGGGAUUGGGUUGAUAAAGUCAACCUAUGGAGACCAGCUGGUAUUUCUCAGUGUAUUCCCAUAUUUGCAAUGGCACUUUCAUGUCAAACACAGCUCUUUGAAGUAUUCGACUCUGUUCCUAACACUCCCCUGGAUAAAAUGAAUGCUGUUGUGCGUUCGGCUGUCAAUAUGUGUACUGCAGUCUACAUCUCUGUUGGAUUCUUUGGAUAUAUUGCUUACUGCACUCAAAACUUCUCGGGUAAUCUACUUAUGAGUUUUUCGCCAACGGUUAUGAGUGAAAUUGUGAAGCUCGGAUUUGUUCUAUCAGUAGCAGUUAGUUUUCCUCUAGUCAUUUUCCCUUGUCGAGCCAGUCUCCACUCACUGCUUUUCAGAAGACACGGGCACACCCCGCAUCAUGAACUGCUGUCUGGAGGAGGGAAUUACAUUCCGGAGUUGCGCUUCAAAUGCCUGACAGUGUGCAUUGUGCUGGUGUCUCUUGGCACCGGCCUGCUUAUUCCCAGCAUUGAGGUCGUUCUGGGUCUAGUCGGCUCCACCAUCGGCAUUGUCAUCUGCAUCAUAUUUCCGGCUCUCACUUUCAUCUGUCUCUCCAACAAGAAAAACAACGAGAGGCUGCUGGCACAGAUGUUGAUUGGAAUUGGACUAUUCAUCAUGGUGCUUGGAACUUAUUCAAAUCUGUUUGCUACCGAAGAAGCUAUUACCAAACCGGAUGUUGAUAAGCAAGGUACUUCUAUCGAUUUGAACCAGGCAGGUUCUCCACAAUUACCCGAGGAAGCUGCAGCUAUUAUCAAAGAGAAAAGUGAAGGUGUAGCUGUGGCUGGCAUUCCUGAAAUAAAACAACAGGCCAACGAUGUUCUGCUACAAAUCAAGAAGGUGAUUGAUGCUGAGGACUCGGACAAGAGGAAAGAGCCACCCGUUCCUGUGGCACCAGGAGAUAACAUCGUCAAAGAUAGUAACGUCAACUCCCCAAUAUCAUCUGCCGUUAAGCAAAUGAAAGAGGAAAUGGAGAAAGAAAACGAAGAUAUGAAGCCUACUGAGAAAGGAGAAGGUAUCCAAAAAGAGACUAACAUUUUGAAAGAGCCUAUAAAAAAAAAUGAUGUGUUGAUAAAAGAGGAUCAAUUGAAAAAAUUAUAUAAAAUUGAGGUCAAUUCUCCAAUUAAAUCAGAAACCUUGGAGAAGAGUCCGAAUGCUGAGGUGAAAGAAAUUAAAAAACCAAAACGUCACAAGGAGGAUGUGUUGAAAAUAAUGGCAAAAGUGGGUAAUUCGGAUAGAGAUCAAGAGAAAAAUGUACCUCCUUAUGAAAAUAACAAGAAUAAUAUUGAUAAAGAAGAUGAAAUAUCCAAUCCCAAAGUGAAUAAUAUUAUAAAACUGGAUGAUACCGCGAAACAAAAUGAUGAGAAGUCCAUAAAGUUGAGUGAUACAUUGAAAGUUCCUCGCCAAGAGAUUGAAUUGAAAACAGCAAGUGAUACUGACCUUGGAAACAAAAAACUUGGUGAUAAUCAAGAGAAGAAUGGUGUAGACAUUACGCCAGAUCUUGAAAAGAAUAUUAUUAAGGGAGUGCCACUUCCUAUUGCUGUUCGAAAUAACAUGAACAAAAAUUCUGUUGAACUUGACAAGCCAUUUUUGGACAUUGAAGCUGAUAAACAAAAGAUAGGCGGAGUGAGAGAUAUACUGUCUGAAAAAGAGAAGUUUGUGAAAGAGGAGAGAGAGAAAAGAGAUUUGGAAACGGUGGAGAAAGAAGAUAUGAAUAAUUUUGAGAAAGAUGUUGUUCCUGAGAAACCUGAAGUUGAAUCGACCAUUGAUAAGCAGAAUGUUAUUGAGAAAGAAAAAUCUAACUCAAUCAAAGGAGAAGUUGAGAAGCCUGUAGAGCAUAAAGAUGUAGUUCCGUCGAGUGGCUCACAUCUUGGAACAGUUGAUAGUGAAGCUAAGUGUUCAAAGGAUAGUAAGAAUCAGUUCAAGGAAGAUGAAAAUGGAUUACAAGCAAGUAUUUUGAAAAUGGAGCUGAAAAAGAUACCACAAGAAUCAGAAAAAGACAUGGAGAUGCCAGUCACAGACAAGCAAGUUCUGCAAACUUCUGUAGAGCCGCUCAUUAAAACCCCCAAAUUUAUGUCCCCUCCAGAAACUGUUUUGAACGCAGUCGAAUUGAAACCAGAAGAACUUAUAAGGACCGCCCAAGACGUAAAGCCUAUGUCCAGGGAUCUGAAAUCCGUUAAUAACGACCAAGGAAAUACGAAAAACACUAGGCAACAAGAUAGAAUAACAGAAAUCACGUAAACACCGACAGUCCCAGAGGAGAUUAUUUCUAUUGAACUCCAGAGGUACAGAUUUAAUUGACUUGACCGAUCUCAUCCAAAAGUUACUGGGUAACAACAAUUGGGUCAUUCAUUCAUCAUGAAACGAGUUAGGGCAAGUAUUACGAUUCCUAUGCGAAACCAAAGACUGAUUAGCAAAGGUUUAAAAGUAGUUAUGUAUACAAAUACCAAAAUUAUACCUCCAUGUCUCAAGAAUCAUCACAACAAAUAUCGUUUACUUACCCAUUCAUCACACUCUAUUACUGGAGUAUUUUUCGUAUUAUGAUUCUAAAUUAUUGUGAUAUAAUAGCUAGUAUGUCUUUCCAUUACCUAUCUCAUCACUACUUGGAGUCUACUAUUUUUGUUUCAUGUAGUGUUUAAAUAAGUAGUUCAUGUCAAAUAUAUAUUGAAUAAUAUAAAUACUUUUUAUUACUGCGAGAUUGAAUAAGUCUUGACCAUAUCAAUGACUUUGCCUUUAUUCUGAAUAACUUGAUUUUUCUUAUUAGUAUUUUCAAUAAAUUUAUAACACUCCAAAGCUGAUAAGUUUCAUAGUGCCCAUAGUUCUUUUCUUUUUAUUUCUGUAGUUUCGUUGAACAUUCUAGUGAUAUUUGACAGUUGGACGAGCCUACUAUUCCUAUGGAUAGCCCAAUAUUGAUCACUUGAAUUAAUAUUGAAUGGAUUAUAAUAAUAAACAUAGAAGUCAAGGGUGAUUGAAAAGAAAAUACUUCUACAUAUUUUGUUAUGAAUUUUAAAUUUAUACUGCUCAUUUGAUUGAAAAUGGUUUUAAAAAUAACGAUGGUAUAGGCUGUAGUUAAACUUAUCAUACCGUACGCAUAUCGAAUACUGUCAACUCAAAGUUAUAGUUAUUUUUUAUUCCGAGGUGAUUUGAAAAACAUCUCUUUUUUAUUUUUUAGCUAUUCUUAUUCAUGACUGGGAACUAAACUUUAUGGUCCAGUUUCUUGUUUUUCACGAAUGCAUUACGCAUUGUUGAUGACCUGGUCCAGUUCUUAGCUUAACACUAGGACUAACUUCUAAUCACGAGAAAAUUACUUAAGAUAAAAUUUCUCAAUUAUCCCUUUUGUGGAUGAUUGUGCUUAAAAAUGUUCACUAUCAAAUCUUUCAUAAAAAUUUUUACUUGACAACAUCUUCUCAUUUAUUGUACAAGAUAGAAAAGUCAAUUUGAGUAUGAUUUUCCCCUAAAAUGCGUGCAAUCAAAAUCACAUAACUGUUGCGUUCCUCAAUCAUAUUGAUCGAUGUCAUGGAUUUUAUUUAUUUAGUUUUAUACAAGUCCAAUUCGCUAGAAAGUCAUCUUCACAUUUUGUUCAAUAUUUGAUGAGUUUUGCAAAAUAACUGAAGGGAUUUAGAGCUAUUUUAUAAAUAAAUUUAAUGGGAUCGUGUACAAACGGAUCAAAUGGGUAAAACUAUAUUGUAAAUUGAUUAAUGAAUUAUUUAUAACAUAUUCUCAUGGAAUAGGCUAGCUAUGGUUAGUUACAAUUUGAAAAACAUUGUUUGGUACAGCUAUGGUUAGUAACAAUUUGAAAAACAUUGUUUGGUACACUAUCUUUUAAAAGCAUUCAAUUUGAUUGUACAAAUAAGUAGUAGUAGGUAUGCUUCUUGAAAUCCAUCCAGUAAUUUAGUAUUGUUGGUUGUUUAAAUGAUAGCUGAUCGUAUUUUUUGUGAACAUAUUUUGAAAAUAUGCACCAUGUACAGAAUAACAAAUUAAAUAUAUUUUACUGUUA